AUGAAGCAAAUAGAGGAUGCAUGGUUUGGCAAGAAAAGCAGUUGUCCGGAUUCCAGCACCUCAGUUUCAUCUAAUAGCAUAAGUCUCGAUAGUUUCUGGGGAUUAUUUUUGAUUGCCGGACUAGCUGCAUUUUCAGCUCUUAUUAUCUUCGUAGUCAUGUUUGUUUACCGAGAAAGGAGAGCCUUGAGGCCCUCUGAUUCCACAGCUUCAAUAUGGAGUAGAAUUAAAAAUUUCUUUACAAUUUUCAAUCAAAGGGACAUGACAGCCCGUACUUUCAGACAGAGUGAACUGAAUGAUAGAAAUGGCAUCAGUCAGGCUACUAUGGGCGUGCCAACUCC